AUGAACAAUAAUUCAGAAAUUUUAUUUUGGUCAAUUUAUAGAAAUAAAUUUUUAAAUCAUCAAAUAUUUUCAAAUUUUGAAAAGUUUUAUGAUUAUAACGGUUUAUCAAAAGCAAGCUUUAUAUUAACCUUUAGUAAUGGUAUUGAAAUAAUUAAAGAUAGAUUAAAAAGUAAUAGAAUCAUUAUUAUAAAAGACAACGAUUUAAAUGAAAUAUUUCAAAGGGUAAAAGAAAAAAAUGAAGUAAAUUUUCAGUUUUACAUCCAAAUAUAUAGGAUACUCUUUAAAAAAUAUGCAACAUAUAGUAACUUGGGACAAAAGACUAUCAAGUAUAAUAUAGAAAAUAGUGUCAUGGAAUCAACACUAAACAAGUCGAUAGAAUUUUCAAAUCUAUUAGCUUUGGAGGCAUUUAUCGGUGCCUUUGAUUUAGACUAUGGAACUGCUAGAAAAGCCUUAACCAACACAAUGGGAAAUAUUAUUAUCAAUAACUACAAUACAAUUAAAAUUUACAAACAUUUAAUCAAAAAAUAUCAGAUACCGACAGAAUUAUCUCCAUCUCAAAAUAUAUUACACAAAAAUUUUUUAAAUUUUCAAUAUAAUCCACUUUAUAUAAUAAACGAAUUAAAAUUAAAACAUCUAAUAAAAACAACCCAUUUUAUAAUUGAAAAUAAACAUUUAGUUAAAUUCAAAAUAAGUUUAAUCAACUAUCAAAAUUUAAUCACUGGUCCAGACUCUUUAAAAAAUCAGAUAGAGUCACACUAUCAGUAUUUUACAACAGACCAGCUCAACUCAACUGUUCAACAUCUUCUUUUACAAAUACCAUUACCUCAAAAAGAAUCACCAUCAGUAACUAGUCUAUUGUUUUUCUAUUUAAAUAUGAUGACUGUUUGCUUUGAAUCUUACAACAUAUUAAGUUUUUAUAAAGAAAUCAAAAAAAUAAUAUUUAAUAAUGGCUCCCAACAAAAGCUACAACAACUAUCAAAACCUGAAACAGAGUUUGAAUAUUACUACAACAAAGGCAAUGAGGCUGAACCAUCUACAUUUUCCAACUCAUUAGGAUAUUUAUUUAAUAAAAUAUUAGACUCAGAACAGUACAAUAGGACAAAAUCAAUCCAAGUCAUUUAUAAUUUACUAAAGAGUGGGAAAAAAGAAAAUAUACAGAUAGUAGAUUCAUUAAAGAUAAAGCACGGUCCAUUCAUAGAUAGCCAAUUAGAUAGGGAAAUGUUUAGGGAUGCCUUUGGUUCUGAUUUACUAUUAGGUUCCACCAUUACUAGUAUAGAGGUUGUAGACUUUUAUUUUCAAAACUAUCAGGACCAGGUAUUUAGAGAUAAUAAUUCACUAUGGAAAUAUAUUGUCGAUAUUCAAGUACUAGAGCAUUUUGAAAACUAUAUGCUAUCUCUUGGAAGAAUGUUUAAAGUAUUUGGUUACACCAAGGCACCAGUAAAGAAUGAGAGCGAAAUUACAAUUAUCGAUGUUACUACUGUUGAAUGGAACCAAAAAUUUUAUUUAGAAAAAUUACUUAGGGCAUUAAAGAGACCAAAUGUUUAUUAUAUAUAUGAAUCUAAUAUCGAAAUCAAUUUCUACUCUGAUUAUUUAUUCGAAUACUUUAACAGUGGGUGCAAAGAAAAGCAAAACACAGUUAUCAAUAUAUUCAAGGAAACAUUUAAAGUCAAGGAGCAACAUGAAAACCCAUCCGUUUUCUAUAUAAAAUCAAUCAUGUUAUUAAACAAAAGAAAUAAACUAUUAAACUGGAUUUUUGACAACUAUGAAACCAGUAUUCGGGAUAUCGAUGGGGAUGGUGAUUUUAUUAUCAAAUUAUCAUAUCUCGACUCUAAUCAAAAAAAAGAAAUUCCCAUAAAAAUUUCUGCUCUUUCGCUAUUUCUCGGUUUAUACUAUCGUGGUAGAUAUGAAGAUAUUAUGAAACUAUCAGAAUCUAAAUGCUUUUAUUUAGAUCAAGAUCCCCUGUUUUAUGUUCAAAAAAUCAAAGAAUGCAAUUUAGAUUUUUUAAUAUUUUUAAUAAAUCAAACUAUAUCAAUUAGAAAAAAUAUUGACAAUAAUAAUAAUGAAGAAGAAAAAAAUGAUAGAGAAAUUUUAUUUUAUGCUAUAAAAGAAUGGAUUGUCCAUUUAUUAAAUAUUGCCUCCGUAUAUUACCCAGAAGUUUUAAAAUAUUUACAAUCAAAAUAUACUAAAGAUCAAGUUUUUGGAGCUAUCGAAGAAGAUUAA